CUGGGGGCCUACCGCGAAAACCGAAAUUUGCAAAUUGCGGGGAUCUUUCUCGUUUACUCUCACUAAGACGUAAUUAGAGUGACAGAGAAAUAUGCCCGCAAUUGACGAAUUUCGAUUUUCCCGGUAGCCGCCCUGACGUCUGUUGUGAUGUUAGAAUGUUCUUUUUACACCUUGGUGAUUUUUGCCUUGUUGAAUUUUUGUUUUUUGUUCGAGUGAGAUUUAAAGUACUAUGUAGUCUAAUCUAGGAAAUACUCUGUGGUAGUACGACGCAACUUAUUGUGUUUAGGUUCUUUAGAAUUGUCUCGAUGUUGGUUGACUGUUGACAACAAAGUGCAGUCUGCGACAAAAUUCGUAUUUUUUUGACAAAAAUAUUUUUUUAUCAAUAAUAUUGGCCAAUUCAGGUUUAGAAAAAGGUUUUCGAAACCUGAAAUGUGUACUUGACACUGACAAAGUGUCAUUGACAGUUUUGACAGUGACGUAUUGACUUAUCAGUCGUAGUUUUUUUUGCAUAGAAAACUUUUUCUGUUUUUUUGGUCUUGAAUUACGGUUUCGGGAUUUAAUCACAUGUAAACUACAUGAUCUAGAUUAUUUUAUUCUACGCUUGGUUGAGGCUAAUUAAAAGUUCUAGAAAGAAGAUAAGUAUGGAAAUUGUGGGCAGGAACGGAAAAUUGAGGGCACCAACAUGUGCUGCCGAGUAUUUCUCGGUGCUGUACUGUAAUAGAAGGAAAAUAGUCUGUAUACAGAAUUCAAGGGAGACUACACACGCCUGGAAAUCACUAAGUUCUGCAGAACAGAAGGUGUUUAUUGACAAAUUUGAGACGUGGCAGGCUAAAACUAAUAAGAAAAUAACCAGUAUCUUAGAACAUGUCGAACCAUUUUUGAAGAAAAAAACUACAGAAAGAAAAGGAAAUAUUCCAUCCAAUUUGAAUACAACUAAAGAGCAUUGUGAUAUCAGCUUGCCAGGAUCUACAUUGAACAUCUCCACUAACUCACAUGAUCAUAUCCAGUCCAAUGCAGAUUUGGAAAUAUCUAAACGAGAAGAUCUUAAUGUCGAAUUUUAUAUGGAUGAUUAUGACGACCAGUCGGAAUCAAUGAUGAACCUUGUAUAUGACGAUACACCCACUGGCAAUUUGGAAGUACCAAAACAAUUUUACACCGCCUCAGUUAUUGAUGAAGACAUAGAUGAGUCCACAGAUCCGAGAGAGACAAAUGAGACAGUAACAAAAACAGCAUUACGUGAACCUGCGUUGCCUACUGUGAUGCGCCCCAAGGAGCUGUUUAGAAUAAUUAAAGCAAGCGGAACGCGGCCGGAGCUCGCCACUGUCGAAUGGAAGACCAUGCCGAAGAAAGAGAAACUCAUGUACGGUCGAGCCAUAAGUAAAAUUAAAAAAGACUAUCUUAAGAAUUAUGAACAGUAUUUAGAGAGCUUGUCAUCUCCAGAAUUAUUUAAGCAUUACAUUAAUUUUAGAAAGGAAAAUUAAACACUAAAAGUUUACUAAA